UGAAUGGGGCAAUAACCUAGUCACUAUUCAGAAGAAAGCCUUGAAGUCUCUUUUUGAAAAUUUGUAUCGAUUUACACUGUCUAAUAUCACUUUAAAGAGAAUUCCACAGUUUUGGACCUGUAAAAACAAAUGACUUUUGUGCAAAAGAUGUACUAUUUAAUGGUAGAUGAAAUGAGAGCUCUCCUGACGAGUGAAGUAUAUGAAUCGAAUCAUUUCUUAGAUUUACUUAGUCUUAGGAACAUAUCAUUAAAAGGCAAAGGUAAUUGUAUAGUAUUGAGCUUGCACAUCAACUACUACUACUACUAGUAGACUAGAACUCUAACUUAGAUCUAGAUUUAAUCGAGUUUGGACCAAAUGGAAAUUUUACCAAAUUAUUGUUAUUGUUAGCCUAAAUGAUCAUUAAACCAAAGGAUAAUUAUAAGAAGACGAAUUGAUUAUUAGACUAGGCCUAUGGUCGAGACGAAUAGUGAAUAUUUGACCAUCUCCAAUUAAAGGGAUCGAGGCUGAUGAACGCAUGGCCGGCAAGCAUGUGCUGGCCUGUAGGCGCUAAAUAAUAUUAUAUAUCCGUGUGUAUUCGCUCGCGCUCGCUCCUUUCUUUCCCAGCUAGUUUAGCCCGGGCUUUUCAUUAUUCAGUCGAAAAGAGCUACCUAGUAGUACCUAAGCUCGAGUGGUAGCUACUAGCUAGCUAUAGGCCUAAGUGAUCCAGUAGUAGUGCAGUACCUCAGCAGUGAUGGAGGAGAUGGAAUUGGAAGGAACAUCUCCUGAAGGAAUGUCAUCUUCUGAUGAAGGCUGUCAACCUGUGCGCAGGAAAAGGGUAUCUUCAUUGAAGAAAAGAAUCAAGCAAAGAGAAUGGAGGAGAAGAAAACGAAAUAAGGCACAUGUCUCUGACGAGGUACCAUGCACCUCAAGCAAGGAUGAUGUAUAUCAAGAACCACUUCCCCAAACAGCAUUGGUCUCUGUAGAGGCACCAUGCACCUCAAGUCAGCCAGCUGCAUAUCAAGGAUCACUUACCCCAAAAGAGAAUCCAUCAGAAAAGAAAAGGAGAAAGCAAAGAGAGAGGAGAAGAAGAAAGCGUAAUGUGGCUAAUUUGCUGACUGAUGAGACAUCAGACACUUCUCAAGGACCCCUUCCUCAAACAGCUAAUUUGCUGACUGAUGAGACAUCAGACACUUCUCAAGGACCCCUUCCUCAAACAGCUAAUUUGCUGACUGAUGAGACACCAGACACUUCUCAAGGACCCCUUCCUCAAACAGCUAAUUUGCUGACUGAUGAGACACCAGACACUUCUCAAGGACCCCUUCCUCAAACAGCUAAUUUGCUGACUGAUGAGACACCAGACACUUCUCAAGGACCCCUUCCUCAAACAGCUAAUUUGCUGACUGAUGAGACACCAGACACUUCUCAAGGACCCCCGACUCAAACAGCUAAUUUGCUGACUGAUGAGACACCAGACACUUCUCAAGGACCCCUUCCUCAAACAAAUCACUUCGCAUGA